CUGCUUCUCUUCUACCCAUCGGUUGCUCGACACCGCUCGCUAGUGUGUGUGGGUGUUGUUGGUAUUGCUCGUGUGUACACUUUCGUUCGGCUCGUACACAAGCAUGUGGAUUUAAGGUGGAGGCAGCUUACCUGACGGCGUCCAACACGCAGUUAAACGCGCUGGUACCUCGAACCUGCUACUUACCACUUGUGUGCUACAGUUAUGUCUUAUCAUUUGCUACUGUUGUACUCUAGUUUAUAUUACACUAUUACGUGAAUAUUUCAAAUUAUUCUCACUAUGACUGAUAGCUGAUAAGUUUUUAAAGUAAAAAACUGGUUCUGCAACCGCGAGCUGGACCGCGGAUUUUUACUCUGGAUUCUGGAUCGCAGUGUCAGUGAUGUUCUUUUGGUAAAGUUGAUUGCGUUGUUGUAUACUCGAAACAAGUGUGUUGUGCGAGUGAACAAAAGUGUUGUGUUGAAGAAUCGUGAGAUGAAAGGCUGGAUCCAAGACUGAAGAUUUUCGCACAAGGUCACAGGAAUCAAGCCACGCAUACAAAAUGCCUACGGACUUGGUGAUAACGUCUUCCGCGGCUGAAGAAACGCGUGCAAGGGACCUGUUGAUAUCAACAAGGAACACAGGACAUGGAUCAUCAGGUUCAGCUAAUUCCGGGGGAGGAUCAUCUGGAUCAUCGGGAUCUCGACAAUUUGAUCCUGCCAGUUUGUCGGCUUAUCACCAUCACCACCACCACCAUCAUCAUAGUUUCGUAGCUGGACUAGGUCAUCCUCAUCACCGAGAGUCAUCGGCCUUUGUUCCAGUAGUGCCUUCCCGGUUGCACUUGGCACCAUAUCCCGGGGACAUGCAUUCGCAUCUCUCAGGACCUCCAGGACCACCUCCGCAGCCAACGUCCGCUAACUCAAAUCAAGAUCAUGAAAGCCCAGAUGGUCCACCAGUGCGCAAAUCAUCGAGCUACGAUAUCAUGGCAAUGAUGGCUGAUAAACGGAAAGAACUGGCUGCGGCACGUGCUCUGUUGCUGCCACCUCCACCGCUGCUAGAACCACCCCAAGGAUACCCAGUAUUCACGGGUCCAUUUCCUGGCAGCAGUGCCAUGUACCCACCAGGUGGACCUCUGGCGCAUCAGCACCUUGACCGAAGACUUCUUCGUGCUCCUGGACGUGCGUCACGACCCAAGAAACAGUUUAUCUGUAAAUUCUGCAACCGGCAGUUUACCAAGUCAUACAAUCUGUUGAUUCACGAGCGGACGCACACGGACGAGCGCCCAUACUCGUGUGACAUCUGCGGCAAGGCAUUUCGACGGCAGGAUCACUUGCGUGACCAUCGAUACAUCCACAGCAAAGAGAAACCAUUCAAGUGUGGGGAAUGCGGUAAGGGCUUCUGUCAAAGCCGAACCCUCGCUGUCCACAAGAUCCUACAUAUGGAGGAGUCACCCCACAAGUGUCCAGUUUGCGCUCGCAGUUUCAACCAGCGCAGCAACCUCAAGACUCACUUGCUGACUCACACAGAUCACAAGCCAUAUGAGUGUACAUCGUGUGGUAAAGUCUUCCGACGCAAUUGUGACCUCCGUAGACACGCACUCACUCAUGCCGUCGGCGAUGUACCUCCCGAGGCGCUAGAAGAAGCUCUUCGUGACGACGACAGCCCGGAAGAAGACGGUCCCGAGGGUUCAGGUCCAGGUCCAUCGACCUCUUCAUCGUCCGUCACUACUAACUCAACCUCUAACCCAACGAAUUCCGGCACCUCUUCUACGUACACGCCGCAAAAUUUAGCACCUAGACCACAACUACAAAUCCGCCGAGACUUGCUGCCAGUUAAACCAGCAACAAUAACAAGCAGUAACGGUCAAAGUAAUGCUCCUUCUCAUCUGCCCCCGCCUCCCCCACCACCCCCACCAAUUCUCACAUCCUACCGCCGCAGACUCGGGUCACCCGGACCAUCGCGAGUCCUCCUGGAGCUUCAAGAACGUGAACGUGAACGCGAAAGACUACAAGAAGAGAAAUCAAGACCACCAAGGGCUCCAACUCCUCAGCCUCCACCGCCACCACGACCAGCUCCUGCCAGACAAGGAUUCACCAUCGAGGACAUCAUGCGUCGGUAGGACCAUCAUCAGCAUCAUCAUCAUCAUCAAGAUUAUCUCAAGUAUACAUUCGGCGACAUUUUUUUCUGUACUUUAGACUCCAUAAGAAGAAAAAAAACUCUAUCUUAAGCCCGGCUCUUAACGGAAUCAUAAUGACUAGAAAAAAAGGUUGGAUGGCAUGCUUCUGUACCA